AUAUUUUUUAAAUUAAAAUAAAAUUCAAAUAAAAUAAUAUGUAUACAGAGUAUAAAUUACAUAGUGUCAGUACAAAUAGAUAUUUUGUUAGCAAUGGCAUUCACUUGCUUUACUAAAACAAUACGUAUGAAAGUUCUCUUAAGUAUUAGUUUCAGGAUUUUUCUACUUUCUUUAGCAGAAACAUCAGCUGUUCAUGACUUUUUCCAAAAUAAUUUAUUUUACAACUAUUAUGGAAAACUAGAUGGAAAUCUUCGGAAAGGAGAUGCUGGAAAGCCUCUUAUAUUAACAGAUUUAAUAAAAACCGGACGACUGCAUGAGGCUCAAAACAGAGCACGUGUUACUGGUUUGAAUACAGAUGUUGUAAGCUAUGCUGGAUACCUAACUGUAGAUGAAAUAUACAAAAGUAACCUUUUCUUUUGGUUUUUCCCUUCAGAAGGUAAUUAUAAAGUUGAUCCAGUUCUUUUAUGGCUACAAGGUGGACCAGGGAGUUCUUCUUUGUUUGGACUUUUCACGGAAAAUGGACCCUUUUAUGUAACAGAAGCUGGAGAACUCUCAAAAAGAAAUACCUCUUGGACAAUGCAACACUCAGUGCUUUAUAUCGAUCAACCAGCUGGAACCGGAUUCAGUUUUACUGACGGUGGUUAUGCUCAAAAUCAAACAAAAGUUGCGUCGGAUUUAUAUGAAGCUCUAUACCAAUUCUUUACAUUAUUUUAUGAAUUCCAAGAUAGAGAAUUCUUUAUUGCAGGAGAAUCCUAUGCAGGGAAAUAUAUUCCUGCUAUAGGUUACGAAAUUCACCACAGAAACCCUGCUGCCAAGCUAAAGAUUAACCUCAAGGGAUUGGCUAUUGGUAAUGGUUACACUGAUCCAAUUAAUCAAUUUCGAUUCUCAGACUAUGUAUAUCAACAUGGACUAAUCGACUUAAAUGUGAAGAAUUUGCUGCAGGAUCUUGAAGAUGAAGGGAUAAAUGCCAUUCAAUCAAAAAAUUAUUCCUAUGCGUAUCAUAUUCAGGGGCUGAUAUGGGGUACCAUUAUAGGUGAAAGUUCGAUAAAUUGGUACAAUUAUAUAGAUGAUAAAACAUUUCACGAAGCCGCUGAAAAUACACCACUUGAUAAGUUUUUAAGAAAGCAAGAAGUAAGAAGGGCAAUUCAUGUUGGCAAUACCAAGUUUGAUGACACUAAGGUUUCUGAAAAUCUCUUAAUUGACAUGAUACAAUCAGAAGCACAAAAAGUAUCAGAGCUAUUAAGUUAUUAUAGGGUCCUAAUCUACAACGGACAAUUAGAUAUUAUGGUACCGUAUCCGUUGACAGUGAAUUAUUUACAAAAACUAAAAUUUAGUGGAUCUGAUAUCUAUAAGAAAGCAAAAAGAAGACAGUGGCGCGAUGACAACAAUAAAGACGUUGUUGCUGGAUAUGUUAAAACAGCUGGAAACUUAACGGAAAUUAUGGUGAGAAAUGCAGGUCAUAUGGUUCCAACGGAUCAACCGGAAUGGGCAUUACAGCUAAUUAACAAAUUUACAAGAAAUAAACGAUUUGAUUAAUAUAACCUAAAAUUGUACAAUUGUUUUGGGCAAUAAAUAUUUUAUUCCUGUGCAUUAAUAGAAA